GACCAAUUUCCAGUGAGCCUGGUAGCCAACUUAUGAGCUACCAUCAUUACCUCCGUAAAGCGCGACGCUCUUCAGUCUCCAUCAAUCAACGAAAAAAGCUAACGUGCCAAUACCUGUCAAAUGCCACGUUGUUACACAGAGCUGUCUUGAAUGCACGUGGGAUUACGACCGCGAUUGAAGGCCCGGCCGUCGCUUGUCGACCUGUUGGUUAGAGCCGGCAGCUUCAGCAGCAGCAGCAGCACCAGCCAAGCGCAGGAGGGCCCGCCUGCAUCAUCGCCUCCACUAUUAUCGGCAAGCACCGCCCCGGGAUCCGACCUUGAGCUUGUCCCAGGCGCCGCCAUCUUGGAACAAGCUUCAACCCUCCCACUUCCACAGUCGCCAGAAACACCACCACGCUCAGCAUCGCCCACGCCAUCGCCGACCCCGUCACCGAGCACCCCCCAAGUCGUCAUAACUUCUACUCCUCCGCACGCCCCGCCGAAGCUCGCGCCCGCUGCAAUCACUUCGCCCAGCAUGGCCCCUUCGCGGACGGACAGUAGCCAAGAUGAACCCAACGCUGGCAAGAUCUACUCGGUCUCUGGGCCCGUCGUCGUCGCAGAGGACAUGAUCGGUGUUGCUAUGUAUGAGAUGGUAAAAGUGGGCCAUUUCCAGCUCAUUGGCGAGGUUAUCCGAAUCAAUGGCGACCAAGCGACCAUUCAAGUAUACGAAGAAACCGCCGGUGUGAAGGUCGGCGACCCUGUAUUGCGGACCUUCAAGCCCCUGUCCGUCGAGCUGGGCCCCGGUCUCUUGAACAACAUCUACGACGGUAUCCAGCGACCCCUCGAGAAGAUCUCCGACAUGUCUAAGAGCAUUUACAUCCCUCGGGGUGUCGUUGCCCCUGCGUUAGACCGGACCAAGAAGUGGGACUUCACACCGACCAAGAAGGUCGGGGACCACAUCGCCGGCGGGGAUGUUUGGGGUACCGUCUUCGAGAACUCUUUCAUUUCUGUGCACAAGAUUCUGCUCCCUCCGAGAGCCCGCGGUAUCAUCACGAGGAUCGCUGAUAAGGGCAGCUACACGGUCGACGAGAAGAUCCUUGAGGUCGAGUUUGACGGCAAGAAGACCGAGUAUGGCAUGAUGCAGACUUGGCCGGUCCGUGUGCCGCGGCCAACAUCCGAAAAGCUUUCGGCCGACAAGCCGUUCCUUGUCGGCCAGCGCGUGCUCGAUGCUCUCUUCCCCUCGGUCCAGGGCGGAACCGUUGCCAUCCCUGGCGCUUUUGGCUGCGGCAAGACCGUCAUCAGCCAGUCUGUCUCCAAGUUUUCCAACAGCGACGUCAUUGUCUAUGUCGGCUGUGGUGAGCGUGGUAACGAGAUGGCUGAGGUUCUGAAGGACUUCCCCGAGCUCACCAUCGAGGUGGAGGGUCGCAAGGAGCCCAUCAUGAAGCGGACGACCCUCAUCGCCAACACUUCCAACAUGCCUGUUGCUGCGCGCGAGGCCUCCAUUUACACUGGAAUUACAGUAGCUGAAUAUUUUAGGGACCAGGGAAUGAACGUUGCCAUGAUGGCGGACUCAUCUUCGCGGUGGGCGGAAGCGCUGAGAGAAAUUUCGGGCCGUCUGGGAGAGAUGCCGGCGGACCAGGGCUUCCCCGCCUACCUCUCGGCCAAAUUGGCAUCCUUCUACGAGCGUGCCGGUAAGGUGCAGUCGCUCGGCAGCCCUCCGCGCGAAGGGAGCGUCAGCAUUGUCGGCGCCGUCUCCCCGCCCGGUGGCGACUUCUCGGACCCGGUCACGUCGGCCACGCUGGGUAUCGUGCAGGUGUUCUGGGGUCUGGACAAGAAGCUCGCGCAGCGCAAGCACUUCCCGUCCAUCAACACGUCGCUCAGCUACAGCAAGUAUACCAUGACGCUGGACAAGUGGUACGAGAAGAACUACCCGGACUUCCCCCGCUUGCGCGACCGCAUCCGGCAGCUCCUGUCGGACAGCGAGGAGCUGGAUCAGGUGGUGCAGCUGGUGGGCAAGUCGGCGCUCUCGGACCCGGACAAGAUUACGCUCGACAUGGCGACACUCAUCAAGGAAGAUUUUCUGCAGCAGAACGGCUACUCGGACUAUGACCAAUUCUGUCCCAUCUGGAAGACGGAGUGGAUGAUGAAGCUCAUGGUGGGCUUCUACGACGAGGCCCAAAAGGCCAUCGCCCAGGGCCAGAGCUGGGCUCGCGUCCGCGAGGCCACCCAGCAGCUGCAGGCCCAGCUGCGCAGCCUCAAGUUUGAGGUGCCCAGCGAGGGGGAGGACAAGAUUUGCAAGAAGUACGAGGCGAUACAGCAGGCUAUGCUGGACAAGUUUGCGUCGGUGGUGGAUGAGUAAAAAGAGACAUGAGUAUCCGUAUAUAGAAGGACAUGGCGUGUCUGUCUGGUCCAUUGCCAAUUCCAACGGUCGGCUCGGUAGGAAUAGGGGAGGUGCUGGCUUUGUAUGCAUGCAUGUAUGUAGCAAGAUGGGGAGGAAUUUUUGACAUUAGAAUUCUUGCCUUGA